AUGGACGUUUCUUCAACAUCUGCUUCCGAACAAAACCCUCAAGGACAUAUCUCAUCGGCGUCGGUGGCGCCCGCGCUCGCCCCGGAGAAGACGCAGACGAAGAAGAGAAACGGGUGUCCCGGCGUUCGUGUUGUCGGCGGUCGCAUUUAUGAUUCCCAGAAUGGGAAGACCUGUCAUCAGUGCCGACAGAAGACAAUGGAUAUUAUGGCAUCAUGCAAAAAUGAAAAACAAUGUAACCUCAAAUAUUGCCAUAAGUGUCUUCUCAAUAGAUAUGAGUGGUUUUGUCCUAGAUGUAGAGCCAUUUGUAAUUGUAGCUGUUGCAGGAAGAAAAGCGGGCAACAACCCACUGGGAUUCUUGUACACACUGCAAAAUCAACUGGUUUUGCAUCUGUUUCAGAGAUGCUUAUUGUCCAUGGUUCUGAUGUUCAGUCAGUAAAGGAAUCUGCCUGUGUCAUAAGAAAAAAAGGGAAGGAAAAUUCUGAUCUGAAUUGUGAUGAGGAAACUGCAAAAAUGGUGAAUGCAAUGGAUCGUGGAGUUAUAAUAUCCAAUAAAAGAAAGAGAAAGAGCAAGAAAGACAAGGAGGGGAUACCUAACGAAGAUGUACCAAAUGUUGAAAUUCCACUACCCAAAGGAUCUAUACUGAGAUCUGUGGCUAACAUUGAACUGCAACCUGAAGAAACUGGUCAUGCAUUGCAGUUCUUGGAAUUUUGUGCUGCUUUUGAAGAGAUUCUUGAACUGAAGAAAGAUGAGCCUGAAUACAUCUUGCAAGAACUAAUUCGCGGGGGUGGUGGAUGUAUAGGACGUUCUUCUCCAGUUGCCCAGUUUCUUAUUCGUUUGUUAACCCUGAUACAAACAGACUCGGGAGAGAGCUCUAAUGUGAUAACUCAUAGAUUAAACCACAAAACAUCAUGGCUUCAUGCACUGCAUAAAUGCAUCUCUAUUACUUCAACAUUUAUAUCAGGGAAUUUGAAAUUGGAUAGAUUUGAUGGGGGAGUUCACAGCUAUGAGAGUUUAAACUCUACAGAAAGGCUUACUCUCGUAAACUUUGUGUGUGACGAAGUUCUUUGCACCAGGAAGGUAAGGAAUUGGAUGGAAGAACAAAAACUGAAAUGUGUUGAGGAGGAGAAGGUAACAAAAGAUAAAAUUGUUGCUGCGAAACAAAAGGAGAAACAAUUGAAGCAGAAGAUGAAGGAUGAGUUGGCUGAAGCUGUCAUUGCUAAAAAUGGUGUUCAUCUUUCAAUUUCUGAGCAUACAACCAUUGUUUCACAAUUUAAAGUGCAAACAGACCAAGCUCAUGCUGAGAUGAUGGAAUCAAAAGAGAUGCUAUGCACAGAAAAACAACAUUGCAUUUCUGUUAGGACAAAGCCCAUCCUCAUGGAUAAUGAGGGGCGUACAUUUUGGAGACUGAAGGGUGAUGAGUCGAACAUUUUACUUCAAGGUUUUGCCUUUACCAUUGAAUUACAUUGGGUUCAACCCUGA